CAUGCCCACCCCCCAAAAUGUGCAUGUUCCCUUCCCCCCCCCCCCCACCUGGCUGGUUUUCCUGGCCAGGAGCAUCUCAAGAAAAGUUGGGGUGUGAUGAGAUGCUCCCCUGUGGUGGGGGGCACGGGUAGGCACCCACUUGGGGAGAGAGAUCCUGGGGGGUACCCCCUUGCUUCUCCAGGACUCCCCCCACUUCCAGCUGCCAGGGUUUGGAUCCUGCCCACCCCCUUUUCUCCUUUGGGCCCUACUUGUUUGACAGGGCGCUCCCAGGACCUGAUGGAUUUCUGAUACCUCUCUCCUGAGGGGCUGGAAGGAGCAUGGUUAAACACCAACCACUGCAGUACUACGAGCCACAGCUAUGUUUGUCCUGUCUGACCGGGAUCUACGGCUGCCGCUGGAAACGGUACCAGCGGUCACAUGAUGACACCACCAAGUGGGAGCGACUUUGGUUCCUCAUCCUCACCUCAUCCUUCUUCCUGACCCUGGUGUGGUUUUACUUCUGGUGGGAAGUUCACAAUGACUACGAUGAAAUCAACUGGUUUUUAUAUAAUCGAAUGGGAUAUUGGAGUGACUGGUCCAUUCCAAUACUCGUAACAACUGCUGCUGGCUUUACAUACCUUACAGUGUUACUGAUACUAGCACUAUGUCACAUAGCUGUGGGACAGCAAAUGAACCUGCACUGGCUUCACAAGAUUGGCCUGAUGACAACCUUGAUAACUACAGUGGUGACCAUGUCAUCAAUAGCACAGCUUUGGGACGACGAAUGGGAGGUGGUAUUUAUAUCACUGCAAGCCACAGCCCCUUUCCUGCACAUAGGAGCACUCGCAGCAGUCACAGCCCUGUCCUGGUUGGUGGCAGGGCAGUUUGCACGGACAGAGAAAGCCACUUCUCAGAUGCUGAUGUUCACUGCAUACCUUGCAGUUGUAGUUGCACUUUACCUCGUCCCCCUCACCAUCUCAUCCCCUUGCAUAAUGGAGAAGAAGGCCCUGGGACCAAAGCCAGCCAUCAUAGGUCACCGUGGAGCACCAAUGUUGGCACCAGAAAACACUCUGAUGUCCUUCCAGAAGGCAGUGGAGCAGAAGCUGUAUGGAGUCCAAGCUGAUGUCAUACUGAGCUACGAUGGAGUCCCAUUUCUGAUGCAUGACAAGACACUCAGGAGAACAACCAACGUGGAGGAGGUGUUUCCAGAGCGGGCCUACGAGCACUCCUCCAUGUUCAACUGGACUGACCUGGAAAAGCUCAACGCUGGAGAGUGGUUCCUACAGAAUGACCCUUUCUGGACGGCUGGGUCCCUCUCAAGGUCUGACUACUUGGAAGCUGCCAACCAGUCAGUCUGCAAGCUGGCAGAUAUGCUGGAGGUGAUCAAGGACAACACAACACUCAUCUUGAACUUCCAGGACCUGCCAACAGCUCAUCCCUACUACAGCACCUACAUCAACAUCACCCUGGAAACCAUCCUGGCAUCAGGAAUUCGGCAGCAGGCUGUGAUGUGGCUGCCGGACCCGGAGAGGCAGCUGGUCAGACAGAUUGCACCAGGUUUCCAGCAGACUUCUGGCCUCAAGCUGGAUGCAGAGCACCUGAGGGAGAAGGGCAUCGUGAAGCUCAACCUGCGUUACACCAAGGUCACCAACGAGGAUGUCAGGGACUAUGCCAUGGCCAACCUGAGUGUGAAUCUCUACACUGUGAAUGAGCCCUGGCUGUUCUCCAUCCUCUGGUGCACUGGUGUCCAGUCGGUCACCUCCGACAGCUCCCACGUCCUUCGCAAGGUGCCUUUCCCCAUCUGGCUCAUGCCUCCAGAUGAAUACCACCUGAUCUGGAUCACGUCUGACCUCAUUUCAUUUAUCAUAAUUGUAGGAGUUUUUAUAUUCCAGAACUAUCACAUGAUCAGGUGGCGCCUGGGAAGCAUCAGGACCUACAACCCGGAGCAGAUCAUGCUCAGCGCUGCCGUCCGCCGGUCUAGUCGGGAUGUCAAGAUCAUGAAGGAGAAGCUGAUCUUCUCAGAGAUCAACAGCAGCGUGGAGACCACGGAUGAGCUGUCUCUCUGCUCUGAGAAUGGCUUUGCCAACGAGAUGGUCACCCCCACGGACCCCCGGGACCCCAAGCUGCAGAUGAACUGAGGGGCUCCCUUCCCACCCCACGCCGGCCGGGGCAGCGGGAGCCGCGCUCUCCUGCUCGCUCUGGGCUGGGAACCUUUGAGGAACUUGUUGGGCAAAGCCCCCUUCCCAUCCCCCAUCCCUCGCUGCUCCACCUCCCUGGUUGUGAGGUUGGGGGGGGGGCUUAUUUUUGUAAAUAUGUAGAAAAUGAGAUUUUUUUUUUUUUUUUUGGUCUUUUUUGGGGGGGGUUUUUUGAGUGUAACUUUUCCAAGGGCAUGAGUGGAAACCCCGUGUUUAUUAAAUCCUCAACCUUAUGGCUGAA